AUGGAGAUUCCAAAUACAGAAUUCAUCGAAAAUUUUACAGCAAAUUUCCAUCCAGGACUAGAUAAUAGAAUAUAUGUAUCACACACAACAUCUAACGAAGGACAUAAGUUUAGUUUUAAUGGAGUGAUUGUUCAACACGUUAGAUAUUAUCAUUGUAAAGGCGCAAACAUUGCAACGAAAGGAGUUGUCGUACAAGGUAAGCUAUUUUAUCCAGCAAGACACUACAUAGAUGUUCCUCAAAUACCUCCGAAGCCUCAUUCCUUUAAUUGCUACGAUAAAGUUGUUGUAGGAUUCUCUUAUCAUUUAGAAUAUGGUCAUUUCAUACAGGAUAUGCUUUGCGGUAUAUUAGUCAUACCAUCAGAAAUUGCCUUAAAUGCAGAAAUUUUUGUAAAAUUUAGAAGUGAUAUUGCAAGCAAAUACUUCGAAUUUAUAGGAUUUAACGGAUCCAGAGUACAUGAGCUUACUGAUGAAUGGAUUUACGCAAAUGAUAUGUACAUGGCCGUUUCAGAUUUCGGAAUUAACUCAUUACAUGUUUCUUGGGGCCACUUUCACGAUAUUAUAUACGAAAAGUACGAUCUCGAAAAAAUUGUCCCUACACAGCACACAAUUUAUAAUAAACCAAAAGGAUUAUGGGGACAUGUCUCUAAUAUGCCUCAGAUUUUAGAAUGGACACGUGCACAGUAUCCACAAUAUAAAUGGAUUGAAUACGAUUACAAAACUAUCACUAAUUUGUCAUAUGUUUCUAAAGUUAUUGCAGCAACAAAAAUUUUCUUUAUAAACUCAGGAUCUUGUGUAUUUAACUGCAUUUAUUUGCACAAAGAUUGUGGAGUUUACAUCCUUGGCAAUAAUUUAUGCGACAGAAACGUUUUUGUUGGUGCAUAUACUUUACAUUUAUGGCUAAUCAAUGUUGCAAGUCCUGGAUUUAGAUGGCAUAUGGAUGUACCAACAGAAUUCGAUAUUGAUUUAUACAAACAAACGCUUCCUGAUUUCUUAGAUGCAGUUUAUAAAGGAGCAUGGCCGAAAGAUGUAUCUAAGAGAAGUAAAAAGCUAUUUGAUGCUGAGGAAGUAUUUCGUCCCUUUAGAGACUUGUUUGUUAGAUCUAAUAAUGUUCAAUUUGUUAGGAAGGUAUUAUAUUAA